CGUCCAUACGGUGUGUUCUUAACCACUCGCUCAACUGUGCUAAUUAUAACCACACGAUAAAGAUUUAAAACUAGGUAGCGUGACUCCAAAUCGGUUGAAGUGGUGCAGAUCCAUCUUUAAUUCUCAGCUUCAAUAUUAUGUCGUGUUCUUUGUUCCUUAGAUCCUUUUUAAGCAUUUUUAGACCGCAUUUUGUUUACUCCUUUUUGCAAUUAUAGUGAAGACAACUAUUACUCCUUUGGCGUUUAUCUUGCUAAUUUAAUCUCUGUACUAGCGUGAUGUAUCAACCAAUACACAUUUUCUUCAGGCCUUACUUUAUAGCUAACUGACUGUUUCAUACUUCAAAAUCAUUCACAGUGACCCAUUUGCAUUCACUCUUCAUCUUCCUCUAAAUCCUAAGUUUAUUAUGGUUCCACUCAUGGUUUUCCUUGAUUUUAUCGAAUCCUUUUGGGUUGUACUUGUGUGUCCAACUAGUGACUCGACACUGCAAAAUUGAAAGCUUAGAACGAUCUGUAUGUAAUCGGUCUUAAAUACCUGUAGCUUGGGUUUUAUAGUGAAGUUACCAGGUUGGUAAAACCACCAUUAUUAACGUAGUUUUUUCUUCUGGUCCAUCAGGAAGUAGUAUGCUUUUCACGCAAUAGAAGUUGUGACCGGAUAUUAAAAGUAGUUGACUUAGAACCAUUAAUGUAAAAACUGAAACUUCAUUGAGUCUAAUUCGGUUUGGCUUUUCAGGUAGGAUUACUAGUCUCCUCAAAAUUAGACUGAAGCGAGUCUGUGUAAUUUAUGAAUUCCAGACAUAAAAUAACAGGGAAAUAUAGGCUUUCUGGAUGUCUUCUACAGAACUCAAAUUCUUCCAGCUCAUCGUCGGCCUUCUUCGUUUCGUAGAUUUUCCGAAAAGAAUCAGUCAAAUUCAAGUCUAGUCAUAGAUGAAUUGACCCAUUUUAUAAGAACGGAUCGAAAUUCUUUUGAUAAAUCAGCUCAGACGCAAUAACUUUUAAGACCUUGAUCUCUAUAAUCAUUUUAUGUUUAACUGGAGCUUGAGAACACCAGGCCAGAGAAAAUCAGGUAGACAUGAGAUGGGACCGCAAAUGAAUCGAUGGAGUAAUAACUCUGUAACAAAAGCAUAUUUUCUGACGUGAAGCUGUAACUGAAUCCUUUGACCUAAAGCCAUCAUCUAUUUCGGUAAAUAAAUGUGACUUACCUUUAGAUAUGAGUUUUUAGUUAGCAGUUUGUAAUUUUAGUCGUAAUUUAGGGAUUUAUUAUCUCAAAAAAAUCCUUGUCUUAAUAGCAGAGAGACCAGUCACAUGCAAAAAUAUUUCGGAAGAAUGUUAAGUGAAAAAUAAUUAUUUUUUACACAUUCUGAAUUUCUUUAUAUUAUCUGACUUUAUUUUUAAUGAUCCUUGUGAAUAAAAAGUAAAAACCUCAUCCAACGAGCAGAUCUUGCUUACCUCAAAACUAAUUGUAUUUGUUUUUCGAUUAGGGAGGUACAUCUGGUAAAAAUGCCUAAUUUUUUGUCGGUUGAAACUCGUCCGUUCGACCCUAACUUUUACGAAGAUGAACUGGAUGAAGAUGAAAUUUUAGAUGAAGAAGGACGAACACGUUUGAAACUAAAAGUCGAAAAUACUAUACGUUGGAGGAUUGGUAAGACACCUGAUGGUGAAAUGAUUCACGAAUCAAAUGCUCGUAUUGUUCGUUGGUCGGAUGGUUCUCUGUCGCUACAUCUUGGGGACGAAAUUUUCGACAUACACAAAGUAGAUAUUCAGUCAGACUAUAAUUAUCUGUUCAUACGAGAAGGUAGUGGUUUACAAGGACAGUCAAGUUUAAAAACCAAAUUAACAUUCAGGCCACAUUCAACAGAUUCAUUUACGCAUCGUAAAAUCACAUUAUCACUAGCAGAUAAGACAAAUAAACUACAAAAGGUCAAAAUUCUUCCUGUUACGGGUGCUGAUCCAGAAUCAAAUCGUAAUGUGCUUGUGAGGAAAGAGGAGGAGAAAUUGCGUGCUACACUCAGGCGCGAAAGUCAGUUACGGCGUAUGCGUGAAAAGCAGGCCAUGUCAAGAAGUAGUUUUGGUAGUGAACGUUGGCGAAGUUACGGAGAGGAUGAUGAUGAGGAUGAUGGUAAUACAACAUCUCUAAAUGCAUUAAAAAGAAAUGCGAAAAACUCAUUGUUGGCUGCACGUAAAGAUGUUGCUGCAAUUUAUUCAUCUGAUGAGGAAUCUCUAAGUGAUAUAUCAGAACCUCGAUCACGUAAGAAAGCAGCCAUGUUUUUUAUUUCCACAUUUUACAAUGACGUCAAGAAUAAUAUGUGACACUGCUACAAAGCUUGUCAGUCUACAAAGAAAUACAAUUAUAGCCAGAUGUCAGAAAGUAUUCCUGUGUUCUAAAACCUGAUGAAGUGAGUAUUUGAUCGAUUCAUUCAUGAUCAAGUCUGAAACGAUACUGGUUUUCGUAAGUUUACCAUUCACAAGCUUCAUAUAUGUGCAUAAGUCGGUGAACUUGUUUUUAUCAUCUUUCAGUUAAAUUUUACGUGAUGAACAGAAUUUGUAUUACUAGUGAUGUGAUAAGACAAAUCAACUAACAUAUGUUGUCAUUCUAUAUCAGAGCUGACUAGUGGUGUUAAUGAAAUACUUUAAAGUUGUACUUUUUAUCAGUCACUUGAUUAUUAACCCUUCCCCAUUCAGUUAGUAAACGAAGAGAUGAGAGAAUAAAGUUGAAAAUGCAACUGAACAAAUGACAAAAGCAACCAAAAAUAUACUUCAACAAGUUAAAAUAUAAACAAACGGAAGUUGUGCAGAUGAACGCAGUCAAUAACAAAUGAUGAACUAGUAUAUGAUCUUGCUUGAAUCACACUGUCGAAUAAUGAAAUAAACUCAGUUAUAAUUUUUGUUUAUAUCAUUUAAUAAUGCAUAGAUUAUAUCAUUGAUGUCACGAAAAACAAUAUCAUUUCCUAUUGUUAUGUUAUUAUGAUUAGCAGUUGGAUAGGUAACAUCAAAAUGAUUAGUUACAGUAUUUAGAGGAUGAGGACCAUACAGAGUACCUGGACUGUUUUUACCUUCAGAUGUGGUCGGAAGAUGACGUAUUUUACUUCUUAGAAUUUCGUAUUCACUGCUUUGGUGUUUUUUAUUUUCCAUUACAUCCAAUCGUUUUAAAUUAGGUAACGAAUCACAUUUAAAGUUUUGAAUGUUAAUAUGCGUUUCUGAAAAUUUUUUAAUCAUAUCACUGAUUGUUAAAUUGUCCUUGCCUUCUGAUAAUG